AGCAAGAUAACAAAGAACAUACAAGCGCGGCCGCACCGCAUCGUAGCCGAAUACUGCACAACCAGAGUUUUUCAUUAGGGAUCAUUCGCGAGAUAUUCCAAGCAUGGCCUACAACCCUCGGAUGUCCAUCCUGCCACCGGCGCAACAACAAAACCGGUCGCGCAAGAAAGAGGAAGAUGCUGACGCGUUUAUGCGCCUGCCCGACAAGGAGAUCGUAGGGUGCAUCACCGACAUUGGCAUCCCGUUUGCCGUGGCCGAUCUCCAGAAACCAAACCCUCUCCAGGUGCAGAUGAUCUUCGAAUGGUUCGCCGAGCUCCUCCUCAACGCGACCCGCGAGACAGUCGACCCGGCCAUGCGCGCGGCCUCCGAGGACCUCUGCGGGGACUUUGGCGACAUGCUGAUGCCGGCCGACACGCGGAACCUGAUGGGCUUCUACGUGUCGCUGCGCCGGCUGCUGCUCGAGUGCGGGAUCAACGACUUCAGCUUCAUGGACCUGUACAAGCCGACGCACGAGCGCCUGGUCAAGAUCUUCAGCUACCUCAUCAACUUUGUGCGCUUCCGCGAGAGCCAGACGGGCGUGAUCGACGAGCAUUUCAAUCGCUCCGAGACGACCAAGUCGCGCAUCGAGACGCUCUACGGCGAGAACCAGGACAUGGAGGCGCGGCUGGAGGAGAUGAGGGGGAACCGCAAGGCGAUGGAGGCGCUCGCUGCCGAGAAGACGAGGCGGAACGAGGACCUGAAGAAGCGGCUGCUGGAGCUGCGGCGCAACCAGGAGAAGGUGGCCGCCCGGCUGGAGGAGGCCAAGGCGAAGAAGGGCGAGCUCGCCGCCCAGCUCGAGGAGAAGACGGCCGCCAAGCUGUCGCUCAAGCAGGACAGCGCCAAGCUACGGCCCUACGUGCUGCAGAGCCCCCAGGCGCUGCAGGCGAGCUUGGCCGAGCUCAACAACACCCUGAACGGCGACAAGGGCCACAUCGACUCCCUGGACCGCAGGGCGAGGGCGCUGCAGACCUCGACCGACUCCUUCACCGUCAUCUCCACCGACGUCGCGUCGUGCAUCAAGCUCCUCGAGGAGAUCUCCACGGAGCUCGCCAAGGAGGAGGAGGAGAACGCAAAGAAUGCCAAGCAGCGCGACGCGCUGACGGAGCGCGGCGCAAACGUCCGCGAGGUCGAGCGCACCGAGGCGCUGCUGCAGCGGCAGCUGGCCAAGUGGGCGGAGCGGACGGAGACGCUGCGCAAGCAGAGCAGGGAGAAGGCCAUGAGGGCCAAGGAGAAGAUGGAGGAGCUGCGGGCGGUGCACAAGACGCUGACAGAGGAGCGGUCGGAGAAGGGGGUGGAUAUUGAGCGGAGGAGGGUCCGGAUUGAGCAGACGGAGAUGAAGAUGCUUGACUUGAAGGAGAACAUCGAGAAUGAGGUCCACACGGCACACGACGAGUACUUGAAGAUGGAGUCCCAUAUCAAGCUGUACAUCACGGAGAUGGAACAAGCCAUCUAGGCUGCCACUGCAGGUGUAUGUCUGUCACGGUUUAGCUUACGUUUGGUUGGGUUUGGAGGACCCGGGGAUGGGGUAGGAUACCAUUGGCAAGGCGUUUGGUUUGGUGUCAUGUCGGGUUGGGAUAAUGAGAAGUUUUCAUGAUCAGCUGUUUCCACUGCAAUGAUAGAGCACAUCUAGUGAUUGGAGCGCGAGCUCCAGCCUCGCAGUCUAAAGCUUGCACCGCAACUGACUCCAUGCAGCUCACGUACCAGGUUGCCAAGGAUGCCUCCGCUCCCCGUCUCGAAACCGGAACCACCUCCC